GGAUAAAGUAGAUCCUUAAACUGUAAAGAAGUUACUAAAAAAACUUAUUUUAAGGAAGAUAAAUACCUCACACGACUUUUACUCGCUUACUGAAUUCAAUAUCGUAUUUAUAACAAGUAAGCUCAUUUAUUUAUUUAUUGAGGCCGCUCCAACAAGAGCGUAAGGGAAAAGGAAGAGGACAAGGAAUGCCCUCAGACAACUCUGCGGGGGAGGUUCACCAGCUCCUUUCUGGGUUUCAGUUUUUUAUUCUAUGCUUCUUUAUUGUCGCCUGUUAUUAUGCGUCUCUGUACAUUUCUGCAUCGGCAGUUGGUGAAUCCACGAGCUCCAUGACGCUACCUUUUGGUUUCCUACGUCGCUUUUGUGGAAGUUUAAAGUCCUCUAUCGUCCGCUUUAUCAAUUACAGGCGAAAUCACAUCUAUGUGGGUGUUUCCAAUACUGAAGAUGUAGAUGUGGAGGAACCCUUCGUAAAUCGCAAUUAACCAUCUUGCAACGUGUCAUAGCACUGUGGAGAGGGCUGGAGAAUGAGCUUGUCACGCGCUCUUUUGUUUUUACCAUUCUCUUCGAGGUACGAAUUUAGUAAAAAAGAAUGCGAAUACAUAUACAAUUGUUUUGUUUCGAGUGAAAGAUCGGUAUUUAUAUCUUAUUGCUUUGCAUUCCUUGAUGAUUUGAAACCUCAUUAUUAUUUACUCGUGCAGAUGUCUCCGAGACCUUGUUCGUUGAAUUUUUGAUCGCUUGUUUUCAAUUCUAGUUGUAAAACUUGUUGGCUGCGCUCCGAGACCUUUCAUUCGCCUUUUCUAUGGUGUAUAUUAGAACCAACUGUGUGAUACUGCAUCACCUUUGCAACGAAGAGAAGAGGCGAACCCGUACAGAGCAUUUGAACUUAUUCAAUGCCUGUUUUACAUGUAGAGAGUUCACCUAAGCAAAUAAACUAUAAGAUGGAGUUGUUUUGCGCACAACUUCGUAGGUUUAUAGGAUGUACGAACUCCAGUAGCGUGCACAUCACGCCAAAUAACAGGAAAAGGUUUCAUUAGCAAUCUCAGAUCGAGAGGUUAAGCUCGCCAUCGUCGCCAGUCGCCCUUGAGAAUGCUGCGGCGGUAGCACAACUCAGCCCAAAAUAGGGCACACUACUUACUAUUUGAAACACAGGCCGGCCGCUUUUUCUCUUAUUUCUUCGAUAUGAACAAAGGUGGUAUCUUCUCAUGUGAAUUCCGAAGCAAAAAGCUUGAAUAGUGUGCGCGGCGGAGACGUCCACCCAGCUAUUUCCUUCUUUGAUGUAAGGAAAAUAGUUCAUGCAGUAGUUGCCUUGAAAGACUUUUGUCUGCUGAACACUGAUUCUUCCUGAUGCUUUUCAUCGCACAAAGGGCUCAUCGUUCGUUUACUCUGGGGGUUUGACUAUACUAUCAAUGAAGCUGCUCUUGAAAGGUUGUUGUUGUGUUUACGAGUAGAUUGGAGUGAGAUGGGUGAAUGCGCCCCGUCAUUAAUUAUAACAUUUCAUGUCUCUCCCUAAGAGUCGAUCCCGAGGAGUUGUAGUACCUUUAUGAUGAUGAUGUGCCCAUGUGCUUCACCAUUUUGUUCUUACUACUCGUUUGACACCAUGUGCAAUUUGUCUUCGCUAACGACUCAAGUUUUGCUUUUGUAUACUUACUUCGAUUAGGCAUGCGUGACAAGAUGGUAGAAAUUUUUUUAAAACUAUUUUAUAUGUGUGUGUUGCUUGUUUAGGGGGUAGGUGGGCAAAGCUAUGAAUUAGACUGCGUAUAAAACAAAGCCACGGGGAGUAUAAGUGAUUCAAAAACCAAUAUGCUUGCCAAAUUUAUUUGUUACUUAUAUUUUAUCAUUUUUAUUGCAUAGUGUACUUAGAAAUGUCUUUUCCUAUUAUUCGUUUAGCCAAGACGUCGAUACAUAAUGCAUCCCUAACUGACGAUUUAUCAAAAGCUCAUGCUACGCUUUAUACUUUCCUGCGCUCUGUCCCGAGCGAGUCGGAAGUAGAGCUCGCUAUGCGCGAAUUCGAAAGAGCGUUGCAUUCCACCGACUCCUUAUUAAACCAGACAAAUAUACGUUCAGUGAUAUUGCUAGAGUCUGUCAUUCAAGAUUUUUUGCUACGGGAUCCGCCAUACGUGAAUCCUACAUGGAACAGCCAGCCGGAGGGGUUGCAGGAAGUGCUUAUGCUAUCUGCCCGCAGAGCAUUCUCUACAACGGCAAAGGACUCAUAUCAUAAUGAGCUGGAGCGUUCUGGUGCCUCCAUCUGCCGAGAGAGUUCAGGCAAUGCUUUAGUUGGGGCUGAAGGGGCUGAUCACGAGCUUCAUGUCCCCAUGGAAGAGAUCAAAGUAUAUAAGGAUCCAUUUCAGGCGUAUGAAGAGCAUUACCAAGAUACCUGUGGUAGGCAUUCGCAGGAUCACUCACCCCGUAAUGUGGAGCCGGUCGACGGCGAUCGGUUCCAGGAGGAGAAGGGAAAUGAACCCUUAGAACACAGCAGGGAUGUAGGGCUCUCAGGAGAUCUGUAUAAAGGGGUUGGGGCCUCUGGAUCGGGUGCAGCAGCGUCGUUUCCGAUGAUCAUGCCAUGGCGGCAAGUAACGCCGGAAAACGGUUCCAAAGAAAGGCGUUCGGGCAGUUUUGACGUGGCUGACGCUGCAUCCAGCCCUUUAUCUUGCGAAAGAAGUUUGUUUCCACAGAUGCCAUCCACAGACUUAUCGGACUACCAUCCUCUGCUGGAGGCCUUAGUCCUACAGGUUCGCGGUGUGCUGAUGGCAAAUGAAGAAAACAAGGAGUAUCGAAUUCAUGCCGCUUUUGAUCGGGAUGAUUUGGAAUUCCAUAAAACGAUGUUGGACGUCUUCGCACAUAUUCAUGAGCGCCUCCAUAACGCCAGGGAAGAAGUGGAGCAGGCAGCCGAAGCGCACCGUGAGUGUGCCUCCAUCUGGGAUCCUUCUCAUGCGCAUUACAAGGAAAGCUUAAAAUUUGUGCAGCAUCUUUCUGAGCGCACCCGCGCCGCUGAGGACUUGUAUACCGUAGAGCGCAGCGAGCAGGAGACGAUUCGAAUUGCUUACUGUGCCCUCUCCGCAGAGGUAAUUACGAUGCGGUUGUUACUCCGCGACGUGAAGCGGCUUGUGGAGGAAGCCGUCACUACAGUAUCUCACGGCCGCUCUGACGAUGCCGGCGGUAUAGCUAAGGCGGAACUUCAGCUAGUGGAAGAGAUACGCGAUGUCCUCGGCGUAGACUCAACUGUGGGAGGCAGUGUGGAGUAG